AUGAGCGAAAUCGAAAGUCGACCCGAUGAUAGAAAGAUCGCGGACGCCAUCUGGGGACCAUGUGAGACAGAUAUGAUCGCCUCUGGCCGGGAAAGACGACUUGCCAGGUUCUUUAGCCAUUGCGCCCUGCAGCGACUGUCUCUUUAUAUCAACCGACCGAGUACUGUUGACAUUGCGAAAGAGGUCGUAGACGCAAUACGAUUACUCAAGUCAAGUCCCUUGACCCAGAAGGAUCUCUUGUUGAAGCAAGCGUCCUCUGAAGUGAGAAAUAUGGCGACAAUUGAGUGCGCAGUUCGUAUGAUGCUCAUGACGGAGUGCGAGUCGGAAGGCACCGCAGCCAUAGGUAGCGCCAAUGUCUAUCGCUGGGGUGAAAGCGAGACGUUGGCGGACUACUUGGACCGGAUCUACACUCAGUCUACUCCAAGGGACGUACCUAAAGAUGCCAUCAAUCUCAUGAGUUUCAGAUGCCACGUUCUGGCUAGGGACGCUGGAAUAAAGAUCCAGCAGACCGAAAAGCUAUCAGAUCACCUGUACCUCAGAUGCGGCCCCAGGACCAAGGUGCUCUUUGUUUUCUCUCACAAAGCAUUUCUCGAACACAGUCGAAAAAUGCUGAAAGCAAACCAGCCAGGCCUCAGCCAGAAUACUGAGGAAGCAAUAGUACUAGGUUGCCUACCUGCAAAGCUCAUUGUAGAGACAAUCAGAACUUACAACCUUCUCUUCCCGCCGAUCGGAAGUGCAAAGUCUAAGAAACUCUUGCGGGACUGGGUCAAGCGCGAAAGACUGGAUGAGAGCCUCUUGAGCCCCUCCUUCGACAAUUGCAAGAAAGAGCCUCCCAAGACUUUGUAUGAUCUAUACGAGGAUUUCCCAUACUGGGCCCCUCAGUUGGCCCGUCUCUUGGAAGAAGUCGAUGAUCCAACCCCGACUACUCGAUGGGAGAGAUACGCAGAGCGAAGAAAGUCCCACCGACAUACGUACAAGUGCGCGAUCGCCGCCCUUGUUGUGGCUGCUGUCUCGGGGACGCUGGCGACAUUGUUGGCGGCUGUUCAGGUAUGGAUAUCGUACUGUGACUGGGACAAGAACGAUCACAAGGCACUGUGUUGA